AGCAUCAGUACUGCAGCCGCCAUCGGUGCCGCUGUCUGACAUGGUAGACUGGAAAAGACGGUUGGUCAGGGCUGUCCCCGUCUAAGCUGAACAUGCAACUGUGACUUGAUUCGUGGCCGUUUCUAGCACUGAACCAAGUUACACAUUUAUUUAGCUUUAGCUAGUCAUUUUAAUAAUGGAGGACGACUGUGUUUGCGAUUACGACUCGACCUGGGACACAGAGAGUGAUGGAGACGACCCGGCCGGAGAGAGCCAAACCCGUCGGUCAUGUCAAGACAAAAACAAGUCUGGCUGGACUUUGAGUUCGUGGCAUAAUCCGUCCAGAAACAUGAGGGCAGCAAAGGACAUGCAGAACUACAGAAGAGGAUAUCCAAAUCUAACAGAUGAAGAGUGCUCAGAAGACAAAAUGAACAAUUUGCAGUUUUAUCUCAAUAAAUUUCCCUCCGCUCCCGAUGAGGUCUUCAUUGAAUCAUUUCUUAGGGAUUGGAAAAAUGACUACAAAAGACUGGAGAGAGUUCACUCAUACAUUCAGUGGCUGUUUCCACUGCGAGAGCCGGUUAAUUACAUGGCUUCAGAACUCACCAAGAAGGAAAUUGAGGCCUUCAGGAAUAAUGAGGACGCCAAAAGGAGACUAGUCGAGUCCUAUGAACUCAUGUUGGGCUUCUAUGGCAUCCGUUUGGUCAACAAAGAGACGGGGGAAGUGAAACGAGCAGAAAACUGGAAGGAGCGAUUUGGAAACCUGGAGCGGAAUAUGCACAACAACCUGCGCAUCACACGCAUCCUGAAGAGCCUCGGAGAGCUGGGAUUUGAGCACUACCAGGCCCCACUUGUGCAAUUCUUUCUGGAAGAGACUUUAGUAAAGAAGACCCUUGGCAGUGUUAAACGCAGCGUGCUUGACUACUUCCUGUUUGCUGUCCGGGCCAAGCAGGAACGCAAGGACCUUUUGCGCUUUGCCUACCUUAACUUUGAGCCAAAGGAUAAGUUUGUGUGGUGUCCCAGAAAGAUUCAGAAGCAAUUCAGGAAUAUGGAGAAAAAAUCUGAGACUGCUGGUAAUGGAGAUGUAAAAGAAGAAGCAAAUUUACGGGGUAAAAGCAAAGAAGGAGAAGCAGUAGUGCAAGUGAAAGAGGACGGACUGGAUAAUGUUUCAAAGACUCCGAAAGGACCUGAUAAAACACCAAGUAAAGACAAAAACAAACUGCCUGAGGCCUCCCCUGAGCCAAAACCAGACACUGAAGCUGUGGAAAAUGGAGAUGCAGAGAAUGAUUCUAAUAAUAAAAUGUUGAAUGGAAUUGACUCUGUAGAAGAUGAUGGUGAAAUGGAUCAGUCGCAUAGUUCUGAGACUUUGAUGGGAGAAGGCAAGCCCUCUGCGGAAACCGAGGAAGACCUUACUAACAAUCCGAAAGGCAUCAUCCCGGAAACAGACAGCAGUAGGCAAACAGAUGGCGAUACAGACACUGAAAAACCACCGAAGAAGAAGAGAGAAGAUAAGGUCCUGCCAAGCAACGGCUCUGCUGGGGACUUUGCUAGUGGGCAGGUGGAGGAAAAAGCUGGCACUAAAAAAGCCACUGGUCAAACAAGCCCGUCAGCGCAAACUGUCCCUAAGACUUCAAAACUCACUCCCAGUGAUUCUUUGGGAAGGAAAAUCCCAAGGACUAAGUGUAGUAAAGUGCUAGGAAAAAAGGAAGAGGAAGAAACGUCACAGGCAAAUGUGUCCGCAACAAAUGGGUCACAGACGAGCACCGAAAAAGGUGUGGAGGAACAGACAAAUGAUAUGGAAUCAGUUCCCUCAAGCUCAGAUUAAAAUGUGGGGAAUUCAUGAAUUUAUUGGAGGAAAUACUUAAUUUCAGCUUAAAUUAAACAUAAUAUAGGGCCAGAGUAUGACUUCCUGGGCCUUAACUCUGCGAUAGUCGAUGUUUAGAUAUUGAUUCUUUUCACUUUGAAGGAGUAUAUGAAUUCAUUAACUUACUAAAUGUGGGGCUGGGUGUGACAAUAUUAAAGGAUAAGGCUGGUGAUAUUCUCUAUUUUUGUUUUUGUCAACAAAUCCCAUGAAAAGAUCAAAACCAGCAAGAGACCCAGCAGACUGCUGCGACAUGCAAGGCGAAGGUCACAUGUGCGAAGGGGACGGCAGGCUAAUUUCCGCUAGGCUUGCUAGCUUGUCUACUCACACAACACUCCUUAGAAAUGUAGUAAAACUCAAUAUAAAAGAAAACAAUGUGAAACGAGAGACUUCCACCAACUCUGUUCACAAUUUCUGGGGAAAAUAUCAGAUAAUGAAUAGCGCACAGCUCUAUGCUAUUUCAGUUAAACAACAAGAAAUUUCGGACCAAGUGUGUCUAUUGUAACAUUUUUAAAUAAAAAAAAUCACAAAGCCUGCUGUAAAACAGCAGCGCUACCCUGUUGGUCACGUGACCUUUGCCUUGCAGGUCGUAGCCGUAGAGUCCAUCUCAGUACUUUCUGACUUCCUGAACGCGUCUGUGGCUCUCAGCUCCAAGCUCAUUGGUUCCUAUUGACGUGAAUCUAACUUAUUUUACAGUAGGUUUUAUCACAUUAUUCAAAUAGGAGUAAAGAAGUUAUAAAAUAAGUAUUCACAGUAGCAUGACAGUGUAUGUGGGAAUCACUCAAACUGUAGUGCCCAUGUUUAUUGUAAUGAAGGAACAUGUCAGCCAGUAGUGGAGUGUUGUUACUUAUUCCUCUGGCACAGAGAUACUGUAUCAGGAUUUGGAUACGCAGACAAUACUUGUAAGUGGGAUAAAUACUUAUUGGUUGUUUUUGUUUUUUCUAUUGGAGUCAUCCACAGAAGAAAAAUAUAGAAUACCACAAGACUUAUCCUUUUAGGUAGUAAUGCCUAAUACUGUCAGCAACUGAUAUUUAAUAUCUACAGAAUACAUAAAGCACUGUUAUUUAUGUAUAUCAAUGAAAUGAUGGUUUCAGCAUUUUAAACACCUUAAUUAUUUCACAAUUAAAGAUUAUUAUUUAUGUAUAUCAAUGAAUUGAUGGUUUCAGGAUUUUUAACACCUUGAUUCUUUCACAGUUGAAGAUUUUGUUUUGCACUGAAAAAUAAUUAAUCGGAAGAGCUUUUUCUUCUUCUUUCUGGGCUGUUUUUGUGUGCGUUCUGUACUGGUUUGCGUUUCUGCUGGACCCUGCUGUAUAAAAGGACUGAAGAGUGAACGACACUUCAGUUAUAUUUCAAUAGUGUUGCACAGUCUGUAUGUUUUCAUGCAGAUUUGGAAAAUAGACUUUUGAACAACUGAAAGCCUUGCCAAAAAUGUGAUAAGACUGGUUGAUUGUACAAUAUGUAUGUCUUCUCGGCAGAACUGAUAAAGCUUUGGCUCUAAUUUAAA